AUGUGUAUCCCGGUGCGACCCGAAAUCGAAAGGCCAGAAGGAGCCACUGUAAAUGCUGCAGUAGAAGGCGUACACAAAAACUCCGCUGCGCCAUUGCAGCAAAUUGACAAGCGUUCGUACUUUCACGACGCUUCUAGCACGCCGCUAGAUUCUUUGUCGUUGGAGAAAAAUACAAGCUGGGCACCCACUGCGCUUCGACCCGUCCCGGCUUUUUAUCCGCUCGAAAAGUCGUCACGACUGAUUGAAGACACGACUCCGGUUGCCCUCGCGAUCCGACUCGUCGAAUGUCUCCGUCAGCUUUCUGUCCACGCCGUCUACGACAAUGCCGCCGCGACGGCUUCGCUCCUCACGCAAGAGCACGUGGAAAUGCACCUGAGCCUAUGGAAUACGCCCGUUACUGCGCACACACCCGGAGUCCUAGUGGAACUCCAACGCCGCAAGGGAGAUUCCAUGGCCUUUCACCGAUACAGUCGCGUCAUUCUCGAUGCUGCUGUUGGAGACUGGGAUGAUAAUUAUCAGCAGCAUGCGGUAGGAUCGCAAGUGGACAGUGUCGUUUAUUCUAAAAAAGUACAGCGGCUGUUAACCCUGCACAACAAGAGUGGGCAGGACGAACACGAAAAUGCCCUCGUGGCGAUUGAAAUCGCGCACGGCUUGCUGCUGAAGGAUCGCAUGGACGCCCGGCAGUUGGGUCUCGAAAGUCUGUGUUUAUUAACGGACCCGCGCAAGACAGGUUACGUUACGGCCGUACUUACAUCACACGUGGUAUUAUUGGGCUCGCUGCAGGGCAUUGAGAUCCCUGGGGUGGAUCUGGAAGCGGUGCUGGUAGACGACAGUCCUUUGGAAGAAAUUCGACAGGCCAUCUUGAGUCUGGUGCAAUUUUCGCGUAUUGGUGAAGACGACGAAGCGGACGACGGUCAAGAGCAGACCAUGACGGAUACCGAGCACUUGACUCUCCUGCACAAUUUGGCGUUGGCUGUCCUGGCCAAUGCGCUCCAAGUUAUCGAAACUAGUCCCGAAACUUACUAUGAAGAAGACGACGAAGAACCAGAAGAUGCCAAACCGCGGGCGCGGCUUCGUACCGCAAGUUCCUCCGACGUGACGAACGAAUUCCUCAAGGCCACGGAAGAAACGUCCAAGCACGAAAUUCUGUCAACAUUGAUUCGAGAAUUGUCUCAGGCGGGCUCAAAACCUCACGAUGCCUGCUUGUCGGCCAAAUGCCUGGGCACCAUUUGCAAGGCGUCUGACGAAGCCCGGAAACGGGCCAAGGAGCUUGGAGCCAAAACAGUUGUGGCCACCGCACUCGACGUGGGACAGCAAACUCAUCUCAAACUCGAGACGGAAUGUGAGAAAGUACAAAAAGUACUGACACUCACAAAUAUGGAUGAUUGAUUAUUUUGGAUGGAUCCCGUAUCGAUGUGUCCAUCAAUCUAUUGACCAUCACCCUAUAACACUAGCAUCAAUAAACCCUACGUCCCUUAACG